AUUCCAGGUCCGCCGUCGAGCCGAGCGCUUGUCCCGAAUAUAUGGUUCGCAGUGACCUGAUUAUCGCUACUUUCCACUUUAUUGUCAGCUCUUCGACUGUCCCGCCUGUCUCUCUCACCAACUGAGACAACAGCUGGCCUGACCACAGCUUUGGCCGUCAUACUAGCAGUCGGGAGACGAACGAACGAUAAAACCCAUACGACUCGGAACGAGACUCGACGACCUCUUUGCUCCGAUUCUUUCUCUCCUUCUGCCACGCAUUGGUCAUUCAACAUUCUUUACCGACGUCUUCUGCCAACCACACUCAAAGUGUUUUGCGCGCAUCCGUCGCUUCAGGAGUUGGUAGAGCAGAGGAUAGAGGGCGGAUCAAGGGCUUGCCCCUGAACACGGCGACUGACCAUGCUUCUCCCCAAAGAUAACGUCACAUGGAAACCUUCAGAGACAAGAUUCCGGUCUACUCGGGCGCUAUGGCUGCUCGCAACUCGAUCACGACUGCUCGUUUGUGUCGUUCUAUCGGUUUUUCUCUUACUGCUAUGGCGGGGCUUUAGCACCUCGUCGCAUAGAAUGGACAGAUUCUACUGCUGGGGACCCCCUAAAGCGCCAAUGGACAUGUCAGCCAACGAGCGGGUGGCAUGGACAAGACACCUCCAGACUCCCGUCAUCUUCAACCACCACGCCCCGAUCGAAGUCAAUGCUACUACAAUACAACACGUGAACCUGAAUCCGAUCGUAUCCACGCCUAAUGCUGUCAAGAACGAGGAGCGCGUACUCAUCCUUACUCCGGUCAAGGACGCCGCUCCAUUCUUGGCCAAAUACUUCGAGCUUGUCGGGGAACUUACGUACCCGCAUCACCUCAUUGACUUGGCCUUUCUCGUCGGCGAUUCGCAGGACGACACUGUUGCCGUGCUAGCCGCCGAACUCAACCGCAUCCAACAAGGCCCGGUGCCCUUCCGAAGCACCAUGAUCGUCGAGAAGGACUUCCAUUUCCAACUGAGCCAAGACGUAAAGGAACGUCACUCCUUUGCCGCUCAGGGGCCCCGGCGCAAAGCCCUGGGACGCGCGCGAAAUUACCUUCUAUCAGCGGCCCUGAAGCCGGAACAUGCGUGGGUCUAUUGGAGGGACGUCGACAUAGAGGAGAACCCCCCGACCAUCAUUGAAGACUUCGUCGCCCAUGACGUCGAUAUAUUGGUUCCCAAUAUUUGGUUUCACCGAAUUGAGGAUGGCGUCGACAUUGAAGGCCGCUUCGACUACAACUCCUGGAUCGAGUCGCCAAAGGGAAUCAAGCUGACGAACCGCCUCCCCAAAGAUGUCAUUGUGGCCGAAGGAUACAAAGAAAUGGACACAGGCAGGACUUACCUAGCGGCAAUGGGUGAUCGGCACGAUAACAAAGACGUUGAAGUCGAGCUUGACGGUGUUGGGGGUGUAAACAUUAUUGUCAAGGCCGAUGUGCACCGAUCAGGGAUCAACUUCCCAUGCUACGCAUUUGAGAACCAGGCUGAAACGGAAGGGUUUGCCAAGAUGGCCAAACGGGCUGGCUACAAGGUCGUCGGACUGCCAAACUACGUCGUAUGGCAUGUUGACACGCUUGAAGAGCCAGGCAACGCAUGAUAGCACGAGAAUCCCCGUUAGACCUACCGAAUACCCCUCUUCGCGCACGUGGACGC